CCUCCACUCGAACGCAUGACGGUGCGGCGCAACUGUCAUGUGUUGACAGUUAAUAUUUAAUAAGCUUACGAAAAGUUAAACAGACUUCCAUUUCGGACAGCCGAAGCGUUGACAAAGUUGACUUUGUACUGACGUCUACAAAAACAGAAUGGCCGCUAUGCGAGCAGCUAAACAAGCAGUUAGAAAAGAAAUAAAGCGGCGGGUUGCACUCUUAAGUGAACAAGAGAAAGAGCGACAAUCUUUAAUUGUUUGCCAAAAGCUCAUCAGACACCCAAAGUAUGUGUCUUGUCAACGAAUUGCAGUGUUUCUCAGCAUGGAUGAUGAAGUGCACACGGAGGAAAUCAUCAAAGAUGUGUUUAAAGUGGGUAAAAGCUGCUUCAUCCCCAGAUAUGACCAGAGCAGUAACCACAUGGACAUGCUGAAGCUCAAUAGUAUGCAGGACAUGACCACGCUACCCAAGACAUCUUGGAAUAUCUUACAGCCAGCUGAAGAUGACAAGAGCAGAGAGGAAGCAUUGUCUGCAGGAGGUCUGGAUCUCAUCUUGAUGCCAGGCCUUGGCUUUGACCUGUCAGGGAAGCGUUUGGGUAGGGGAAAAGGUUUCUAUGACACCUAUCUGGAGCGCUGCUUCCGGCACCCCAAAGGGAAGCCCUACACUAUCGCUUUGGCCUACAAAGAGCAACUGUGUCAGGACAUCCCUGUUGACGACAAUGACGUGCUCAUUGAUGAAGUCCUUUAUGAAGAUGAACAGUAAACAUAUUUGUUAUUUACGCUGCUUAGAACUGCAACAGUAUUUACACUUGCCGUUUCACGCGUGUGUUUGUUGUCUGGCUCUGUCUUUGCGAUAGUAUGAACUAUUUUCUGGCUAUUCAUGCCGGUUGAGUCAGACUUGCAUGACAUGUAUUCCCUGCGUAUCACUCACACAUUUGUGAAGUUAAAUCGAACGGGGCAAUCGGGAUCUAAAACCUGUUUCUUGUUCUCAUUUUUGACUGUGUAAUCUGGUUUCAGACUCUCAAAUGCAUACGGUUACAAAGAAACUACAAUUAUUUUUUUUUACAUUGUGAAACCAUUCCAAACCUAAACGGUUCGUAAUUUGUAUCUUAGUAUGUAGAUGUGUAAUCUGAUUGGAUAGUUUUGACAUAUGCAUUGUGUACCAAGUGAACUGACCCUCAGAAUAUUUAUGUCCAACAGUCGCCCCUCCCAAGGUGACAUGGGUAAAUAUUCAGCAGUAAUCUGAGCUGAGUUGGAGGAGGUGGAAACAUCUGGAAAAGUUUAAUGAACCAGCAGCCAGCUCAAUGAGCUCAGCUGCUUCAGUAGUAAAAAAAAUGAAAAAAAAUAAAACAAAACUUCUGUUUCAGUCUUUGCUUGUGGUGUAUAUGGAUUUCAAAGCAUCAAUGGAGUGGAAUAUUUUUGAAAACAACUCUUAUUUGUUACACACCAUAAAUUGAGACAGGCCCAUCCACCGCCAUGUGCAUAAUGGGACAUGAUCUUUUUGUUAAUGAAGUCCCGUUUUUGUUUAUUUUGGUACAGUGUAGAAAUUAUGUCAUCUAGUUCCCCCAUGAAUCAUGUUGCAGUUUCACUGUGAAACGUGAAACUUGCUAACUGCCUAACCUGCAGUAUGAGAGAAGACUGCAACCAAAAACAAAGAAAAACAUGUAUGGAACCAAAGUUAUGUCAUAGUCUGUAGAAUGGUGCUUGAUUUUAUGGCUGAACAACAUUUGAAAUAUACUUUCUCACACUCUAUAUUUUGUUCCAAAUUAUUUUGUAUGUUGAAUAAAUGUUAAAUAAAUAGUUUGUGGGUUGAAUAUAUGUGAAAGAAA